UUCAGCUGCUGUUCCUGUCGGUUAAGGCCUGUCAGGCCCUGAUGGAUUUUACAUAGAGCUGGUGGGAAAGCGCGUCUCUCCUGGCUCUCGGCGGCCGCACCAUGUCUUCUCCCUCCCCGUGCCCGGCGUUGUGUUGCUGCCGGCGUCCGCUGCACUCAGCCCCGACCCUUCCGCAAAGCUCCUACCCGGGGCCUCCAGACCCGGCCUCGGCUUCCAGCUUUCAGCUGUACCGCUUGCACCAUUUCCACCUGGGCUUGGAACUGCGGCCGGAAAGCAGGGAGCUGGCCGGCUGUUUGGUGUUAGAGCUCAGCUCCCUUCUGCCCGGCGGCCCUGCCUUGGUUUUGGAUACGCAUCCAGUCUUAAGGGUUAAUUCGGUUCGUUGUCGGCGAGGAGGCGCCAGAGAGCAGACAGGGGAUCCCAGUAAUUACUCCUGCCCCCCAAACCACAGCACCUGCCCCCCAAGAGACUAUUCCGGUCCACCUAGUGACCAUCCCUGUGCUACCAACGACCACUCGUGGACUCCUGAUGACCCGUCAGUUGGCUACUCGGUGCUUCCUGAUAGCCCCAAAACUGAAGAUGGGCUGGAGUUCCCCACAUCCCCUUCUAGCACUCAGACCACUGACCACCUGUGGUACGUUACCCCCGAUUCACCCAGAACAAGUCCAAAUGCCCCUGGGUGUUCACCUGUAGCCACCCCGGAGCCCCUUGAUCUUUCUGUAUCAAGGCCCACCAUAUCAAGCAUGCUACCUAGUGCAAUAGACCUUUCGAGUGAGGCAGAGCCGGACUGCUCCCCCGGUGUUUCCGGUUGCGUUUGUCACACCGCAAACGGUAAUAAUGUGCCACCAGCUUCCUUAAGGCUCACCUGUCAGUCUCUGCUCUCCCCAACACCUGUCUUUCAUUCGCCUCCUCCCGAUGUUUCGUCGUCGUCCUCAUGUUAUACAUUGUCACCGGACUCUGGCGUAUCCCCUAUGACUGAGGACAGCUGUCCAGCAUCGGCACUUUCUCCAUACUUUCCACCAUUUAACAUUCCUCGUUUGGAUGCUUGGCCAAGCAGUUGUAGACCUCCAUGCGGACUCCAUCAUGCUGGUGAUGCCGUGCCAUCUAACUCCACUUGCUGCUUCCCCUUGGACUUCAGGGUUGAGGAGUUCACAGAUUAUGGUUCCGCUCUCAUCAUCUCUGUGCCUGAAACGUUGGGAACCAAUGAAACGUUCCAGAUCAUUGUGCACUAUGUCACUGGCGAGGGUCCUUCGGUUUGGUGGUUGGAUCCUGAACUCUCGUACGGAAGCUCGCAGCUAUUCGUGUUCACUCAGGGUCACUCAGUCUGCAACCGCUCUUUCUUCCCCUGCUUUGACACACCAGCCGUCAAGUGUACUUACUCUGCCUCUGUUAAAGCUCCUGCUGGCAUCCAGGUCUUAAUGAGUUGCACUCACAGUUAUUAUAUGGAGAAAACGGGAGUCCAUCACUUCUAUAUGGAGCAUCCAGUUCCUGCCUAUUUAGUGGCCAUGACUGCGGGCCAUUUGCUACCAGCGGAUAUUGGUCCCAGGAGUCGUGUUUGGGCUGAGCCUUGUGUGCUUCCGUUGGCUGUGGGAAAGCUGGCUGGACGCGUGGAGCAGUGGCUGCAGGCUGCUGAACGCCUCUAUGGCCCUUACAUCUGGGGAAGGUACGAUAUAGUCUUCCUGCCCCCAUCCUUCCCAAUUGUUGCCAUGGAGAACCCCUGCCUUACUUUCGUCAUCUGCUCCAUUCUGGACAGUGAAGACUUCCUGCUUAUAGACGUCAUUCAUGAGAUUGCACAUGGCUGGUUUGGAAAUGCUGUAACAAAUGCUAGCUGGGAGGAGAUGUGGCUGAGUGAAGGGCUGGCAACCUAUGCCCAGCGCCGCAUAACCACUUGCGUAUAUGGUGCUGCUUUCACUUGCUUGGAGUCCACCUUCCGGCUGGAAGCUUUGCACAGACAGUUAAGAAUACUUGGUCAGGAUACCCCCUUCAGCAAACUGCAGGCCAAAUUGGAUCCAGGCGUGAACCCCAGUAACCUCAUGAACCUGUUCACAUAUGAGAAGGGCUUCUGCUUUGUGAACUAUUUGUCCCAGUUAUGUGGGGAUCGGGAUAACUUUGAUGCCUUCCUCAGGGAUUACAUUGAGAAGUUUAAGUUCCGCAGUGUUGUAGCGCACGAUCUUCUCGAGUCCUAUCUUAGAUUUUUUCCGCAGUUGAAAAGAGACGGCAAAGACAAUAGCAAAGCAGAUUUUGAGCGUUGGUUGACUGCCCCAGGACCUCCCUUGGCACAACCAGACCUUUCUCAGGGAUCUGUAUUCACGGCUGCAGUGGAAGCACUCAGUGAGCUGUGGCUGGCUGAGCCUCUGGACGUUGAAGCUGCAGCUUCCUUUGUUAAUAUCACGGAAUGGCAAACGUUUCAGACUGUGCUUUUCUUGGACAGGCUUCUAGACAGGUCCCCGUUGCGGCCAGAGGUAAUGCUGCAGCUGUCCCUGUGUUAUUCUGCUGAUCUUGCCACCAUGAACACAGAGAUCAGGAUCCGCUGGCUGCAGAUCGUGGUGCGUAACAAUUUCCAGCCAGACUUGCCUCGUGUCCGUCACUUUCUCCUUUGCCAGACAUCUAGGAUGUAUACCAUUCCUUUGUAUGAGGAUCUCAGCGCUGGACCCCUGAAAUCCUGUGCCCUGGAGAUAUUCUAUCAAACUCACAGCAGGUUACAUCCAAACCUCCGCAAAACAAUCCAGCAGAUCCUGACUCAGGGAGGCUCUGUGGUGCCGCCAGAUACUACCUUACCUGUCCUACCAUCGGAUCUUUGCACACAAGGGCCCACCUCUCUCAGGGAUGUGAAUGUGACUGCCUGACUGCCGAACCUCGUUUAACCGGCUCCGGAUCUGCCUUGCACUCAUCAAGACAGAGAGGGGUGCAAGGAAUUUUUGCACUGGGAAGGGGGCAAGUAAAGUCCUCUCUCCCCAAUAAUACUCAGGAGGGGCAACUUGCAAACCCCAUCAAGAGAACUUUGCCCAUGCUUCAAGAUACAGAGAGGUGCCAAUUGGUGUGUGUGUGUAUAUAUAUAA